AUGUCACAGGUCAACGCCCCUGUAAACCCAAAGCCGUUCCUAACGAGUCUUCUAGGUAAAAAUGUAAACGUCAAACUCAAAUGGGGGAUGGAAUACAGAGGACAAUUAAAAUCCUUUGACACCUACAUGAACAUACAAUUGGAUUCGGCUGAAGAAUGGAUUGAUGGGGAUUUUAAGGGUGUUUUGGGUCUCAUUCUCAUAAGAUGUAACAAUGUUUUGUAUAUCGGUGAAACGCCAUGA